AUCCCUCCCUCCUGCAUCCCUCCCUCCUGCAACCUUUCCUCCUGCAUUCCUCCCUCCUGCAUCCCUCCCUCCUGCCUCCCUCCCUCCUGCAUCCCUCCUCCAUCCCUCCCUCUGCCUGCACAGAGCCGCGGACAUGGCGCUCAGCAAUUUCCUCUUCGCUCAGUGCAUCUGCUACUUCCUGGCCUUCCUCUUCAGCUUCAUCGUGGUGGUGCCGCUUUCCGAGAAUGGCAACGACUUCCACGGCCGGUGCCUGCUCUUCACCGAGGGCAUGUGGCUGAACGCCAACCUGACGGUGGAGAGGCAGCGCUUCACCGUGCAGGAGUGGGGGCCCGAGGCCGCCUGCCGCUUCAGCAUCUUCUCCAGGCUCCUCUCCCUGCUGCUGGCCACAGUGCAGGCCUGGAGGACCCUCUUCUUCCUCUGCAAAGGGCACGAGGACUCUUUCUUUUUUGCCUUCCUGAAUCUGCUGAUCAGCGCCUUUGUGGUGUUUAUCACAUUUAUUGCUAGCACUAUAGUGAGUGUAGGAUUUAACAUGUGGUGUGAUGCAAUUACCGAAAAAGGAAGCAUGCCAAAUAGCUGUGAAGAGUUACAGGACAUAGAUCUUGAACUGAACUUAGAAAACUCUGCUUUCUAUGACCAGUUUGCUAUUGCACAGUUUGGUCUCUGGGCUGCCUGGCUGACUUGGCUGGGAAUUACAAUUCUGGCUUUCCUGAAGGUUUAUCACAACUACAGACAGGAGGACCUGCUAGAUAGCCUCAUCCAUGAGAAGGAGCUGUUGCUAGGAAGAUCCUCUUCACGAACCUCUUUGCAAGAUGAGAAAAGUGGCAUGAUCUAA